AUGGCCGCUGAUGGGCUCGUUGGCGGACGCAGGGGGCGACAGCAACAACGCCGGGAACCCCAGCCGCCCCAGAAGACAAUUGACGAAUUCUGGGACAAGUUCACCACCAAAGCUCCUGGGAAAGUCACGACUAUCCUCCCCAAGAAUGUGCUCGCUGAGCGACUGGCCAAGCGUUCGGCCGCCAAAGACCUCGCCGGCGGGAGCAGCAAGACGGCGUCGACCUCGUACGAGGAGGCUGCUGCGCUGUGCCGGGCCAAGGUCGACAAGAUUGUGGCCGAGUGCCGUCGCAUCAACCAAAAGUACCGCGACACGCAUUUCGAUCUGGACUUUGACCUCCGAGAGGGUCUCCGUUACUGUCUAGAGUCGUUGAGCAACGUCCGCUCUGACGAUGGCGGCGACGAUGACGGUAGUGACUCCGACAGCGAUGCCCCGCCCAUGCUCAGGAACAGGCCGCCGGGCCAUUAUUUCCGCCCGAAAUCGGUCAAGCGAGUGGGCGAGAUCUUUGACGAUCCCAAGUUCUACGUCGACGGUCCGACGGCGAAUGAUGUCCGCCAGGGACGCGACGGUGAUUGCUGGCUGAUGGCCGCCCUGUGCACGCUGAGCAACAAGGCGGGUCUGAUCGAGCGCGUCUGUGUCGCCCACAAUCAGGAUGUGGGCGUGUACGGGUUUGUGUUCCAUCGGGAUGGGGAGUGGAUCAGCGAGAUCAUCGAUGACAAGCUAUACCUGCUCAAGCCCGACUAUGACCAGGCCCACAUGGACAGGCGCGAGAACCUGGAGCGCAAACUGUGGGAGGAAAUAGAUCGCGAUGACUCCGAAGAGCACUACAGAAAGACCUAUCAGUCCAACAGCAGUGCCCUGUACUUUGCUCAGUGUGCCAACCCAAACGAAACCUGGCUGCCUCUGCUGGAGAAAGCCUAUGCCAAAGCCCAUGGCGACUACGCCGCUAUUGAAGGCGGGGCGACUGGUGAGGGCAUCGAGGAUCUCACCGGUGGUGUCACCACCGAACUGUUCACGACCGACAUAUUGGACAAGGAGUACUUUUGGAAAGAAGAGCUCAUGAAGGUCAACGAGGAUUUUCUGUUUGGUUGCUCAACAGGUCUUUGGGAUAACGGCUACGGAGUGAGAAAUGGCAUCUAUGAGAGCCACGCAUACUCGGUCAUGCGAGCCGUCGAGAUUGACGGGGAACGCCUCCUCCUGCUCAAGAAUCCUUGGGGCAAGGGCGAGUGGCGUGGCGCGUGGAGUGACGGCUCCAAGGAGUGGACGCCCGAGUGGUUGCAGAAGCUGGGCCACCGGUUCGGUGACGACGGGGCAUUUUGGAUCUCAUACAAGGAUUUGCUGCGCAAGUACCAGUCCUUUGACCGCACAAGGCUCUUUGGCCCGGAGUGGAAAAUCACGUCCAUGUGGACUACGCUCAACGUUCCAUGGGCCCUAGAGUACCACGACACCAAGUUCAGCUUCACGCUAGCCAGGCCCGGCCCUGUGGUCAUCGUCCUUUCGCAGCUCGAUGAUCGCUACUUCCGUGGGCUCGAAGGCGAAUAUGCGUUUGCGCUCGGCUUCCGCCUCCACAAGGCAGGGGAUGAGGAGUAUCUGGUCCGCGCCCAGACUACGUAUCGCAUGACACGCUCUUGCAACGUGGAGCUCGAGCUUGAGGCGGGUGAGUACACAGUCCUGAUCAAGAUUGACGCCACCCGCCGCAAGGAAAUCAUGCCGCCCGAGGAUGUGGUACGCCAGAACGCGCCGCUCCGCCGUGAGAAACUGCUUCGUGUUGGCUUGUCGUACGAUCUGGCGCACAGCAAAGCCAGGGUUGUGGAAACCCCCGAGGAGAAGGCGGCACGGAAGGCCUACGAGAAGCGCCAGAGAGAGAAGCGCCGAGAGGUUUUGCGCAAGGAGCUCAUGAGAGAAAGGCAGAUGAAGGACUAUAAACAGCGUAAAAGCCUAAAGUACCGACGGAAAGAGUUUCUUUUCCGGAAGAACUUCGAAAAGAAAUUGGCCGAGAAGCAGGAAGUUAGGCGAAGAGCGGCCGAGGAGGAGGAAAACCGACUUGAGGCAGCAGCAAGGCAGGCCGAAAUGGAGCCUGGGGCCGCUCAGGACGGACAGCCUAGCAGGGGGCCCUUCUUUGAUUCACAAACCCAGCCUGCCCAGGAGAUCCAGCCUACCCAGGAGAUCCAGCCUACAAUCCCCGCUGCUGCUGAGGCCAGUACUGCCGAUGAGAGCCAACAAAAACCCAAAGGCAAGCCAGAGGCUAUAAGCAGUGUCAGUCAGAAGGACCAAUCCCAACCUGCACCUGAGGAUGGUAAAGAACAGACCAAGUUCGAGGCUGUCGAAUCGGACGGGAAUACCGAUGCUGAGAAGCUCAUCCCUGCUGCAACACCCCGGGAGGCAUCAGCCAUGGAGCCCAGCAACGCGGAGCAGCCGCCUAAUGAGGGCAACGGACUUGUAAAAGACGCCAAAGAUGACCCAGCGGAGCCAAGGUCUGCUCCGGUGGAAAAACACGCCUCCGAAACAGAGAAGAAGCAAUUCGAAGAUCAGGUCGACACCUCCAGCAGUGAAGGUCCUGCGGGGAAGCAGGAGAGCGCUCCUGCAAAGACUGAAUCUCAGAAAGCACAUGAAGAGACAUGUGAUUCCACGAUAAAGCAGCCUGCAGUCAUUGCGGAAGACGCCGGGAAAUUUCUGCAAGAGGACGCAAUCAAAGGCGGGCGGAUUCCUAUGGAAAGCGGUUCAAACGCCGGAGACAGCCAAAAGAUCCCCAUCCCUAAGCCGCUGAGCCAGGUUCCGGCCCCCGAAGAACUCACGCGCGAACUGAGGACCGAAAUCGACGCCGUGUCCGCCCUGAGGGAAGAACUAGAAGGGCUGUUUCGUGUCGGUCGGAGUGGGCCUCAUGUCGGCGGCAGUCUUCCAAGACAGAUCCACGAGCACCAUCACGACCAUCGCCACGACCAUCGCCACAUGGACGUGCCUCCGCGACGUGACCCGUCGCCGUCCGACGUCGAGGACCGCUUGUCGCUGUGCAGCUUCCCCAGUGUGUCGGAAAUUUCCGAAACCGACCUCAACUACAUCCUCGAGGAGCAAGAAGAGAUGGAAGCCAAGAGGGAGGAAUCGCCCUCCCGACCAGGAUCGCCGUCUAUGGACGAACCUGAGAGUGGCCCCUGGAACGCGGUGGCCGUGGUGGGGCUGAGGAUUUAUUACAAGGUUGCAGAGGAUGACAAGGACGUCGAAGGGCUGGUGAAGCUGCGCGUGAUCAGGCCGAAUUAUUACGAGCUGAGCGAUGAUGAGGAGGGCAGUGAUGUCGAAGGGAGCGGUGAUGAGAAAGGUGAUGGCAAGAAAGGGGAAGAUAAGAAGGAGGAAGGCGAGAAGAAAGAGAAGGAAGACGCGGAUCAGACAAAGGUACUCGACGUGGACGAUAGUGCCUUGGAUGCGACGCUCGCUACGCCCAAGGUUGAACAUCUUGGGGGAGAAAGUGCGAGUGCCUAG